AUGUCAGCUAUUGAUUAUCAUGUAACGACGAACACUCCGACUUUGCAAAAUGAAACUUCAUUGGAAAUUUUAGGGUUUGAAACAAGCACGAACCAAAGUAUUGCAACAACCUCGCGAAGUUUAUCCUCGCCUAACUCUUCAAAACAGUCAGAACCAAACAAAUACGAUACGGCACGAUUCAAACGCGAAGAACACGAAUCCCUAUCGAAUGGCUCUACGUCCCAAAUAGCAAAAUCGACAGAAUUUUCAACUUCUGAACAAAUAAUUGGAGAAGACGAGUACACCUCAAAUCUUGCUGCAAUAUUUGUGACUCGAUUCGAUACGAAAAAAGGAAAUAUAAUUGAAUGGCAAUAUCCCGAAGGCAAGUAUAGUGAUUUUAUUCAGCUUAUUGUAAUGAAACAUAUUGACUUUUGUUUUAUGAUUAAAGAUUUUGAGCUUGAUGGCAUCGAGUUUCAGGCAAUUCCAAGCGGAUUACACGCCGUAAGGCAGGAUAUAAUAUAUUUCUCUAGGCCUCCAUAUGUUGGGCUUAGUGUAUUCCUAAACGAGUCCACGAUGGAUGAAUCACAUGACCGAGGUGCGCACAUGGCAGCGGUCGGAAUUUUAGUGUCUCCAACUACGGAAACCGGCAUUUGUGGCAGGCCAUGGAAGCAUCUCGGAUUUUUGCGAGAUGAGGUUGUGCGGUAUGUCCACUUCUCAAACGAUUACUCUAGCCUUCGCCAAUAUUUCGAGAAGCAUAGCAUCCGGUCUGACGUUCUAGAAAAUAACUCGGACUCCAUAGAACCAUAUGGUAAUUCGACAACAUUACGAAGACCACGUGCUUUCACAAUUUCAAGCAGCCGAGGUUUAACUGAAACAAGUAUUAGCAGUUAUUCAGCGUCAAUCUCGCCGACACAUCCUGCUCAUCAUUUCCCAGAUUUUGUCCGUUUAUGUGGCCCUACUAUUUUCAUACUAUGGAAGGCAGCUCUGCUUAAAAAACGAAUUUUAUUUUAUUCUCCUCCUCCGGUGGAGGAUAUCUGUCAUUCUGUUUAUGGAACAUGUCUUCUUGCAAAUAUUCCAUCAACAAUCACCCGAUCGUUAAAGAAUAAAGUUGACAAGAUUAAGCCAUUAUUUAGUGUUGGCGUUAACGAUAUUCCAAUGAUUCAGUCUACAGAAAAUGGAUACGUUGCAUGUACUACUGAUCGAAUACUUCAACACAAAAGCAACCUGUUCGAUCUUUUAGUAAAUAUGCCUGUUCGUGAAUCAAAUCAUUCGCAUCCAACAUUAGUCGCAUCACCCGGAUCACAUCUAUCCACAAACAUAAAUGCUACUGAUAUUAGACGUUAUAGGGUUUUGCUUAAAAUGUUGGCAUCUUAUGGUGUCAAUUUUUUAGAUGGGUAUGAGGAAGACGGUGGGAAUUUGACAGAUACUUGGCACAAAAUGAUGUUUGGUGGAUGGUUUUGGUGGUAUGGGAGAGAUGGAUAUCAAAAAUUAAAUGAUGAUUAUGGGGACGGGGGUGAGGGUGAGGAAGAAGGUGAUGUACUAUUAAGAUAUCAUGACGACCCCUCGCAAGAUGGGCAAAACGUUGACGGAUCUAAGGAUAUUUCAGAAAUUGAAUCUGACGAUGAAAUAACUUUCCUUUACUCAGAUCACUUAAUUCAGCUUGGAUUGGAUCCACGUGAUGAUGGAGCUUUUGUUGAAGAGUUGGCAGAAAUGUAUUUCGGUAAAGAGGUCGAAGUUGUGGGAAAAGGUGGUAAUAUUUUAAUUCAAUCAUGCUCGGAAUUGUGUUCUUUGGAUAAACCAUCUUUAGCUUUUCUUUAUUCGAACCUUCAACACGAAGGCGAGAACAUGUGCGUGCAAUUUUUUCAAAAUUUGUAUUGUCGUUGUAAUUAUUUAUUUAUUUAUCUUGAUAAUGACUCUUUAAGGGUUACCGAUACAAGAGUAUGGAAUUGUACUGAUAAAUUGAUUGGAACAGUACGAGGUGAAAUUUUUGUUUUGAAUGUACUAUAG